AUGGAGGCGGCCGAGGAGCUUACACCCGGGCCGGGAGGCCGGGCGCUCAGCCCGGAGCGCCGCGCCCCGCGUUGUCUGCCGCUGGCCGACCUCCGGCGGGAGCUGCGGGCGCUCCUGUUCCUGGCGGGCCCCGCGUUCCUGGCCCAGUUGAUGGUGUUCCUCAUUGGUUUUGUGAGCUCUGUGUUCUGCGGGCACCUGGGGAAGCUGGAGCUGGACGCCGUCACACUGGCAAUUGCUGUAGUCAACGUUACUGGUGUCUCGGUGGGGUUCGGCUUGUCUUCUGCUUGUGACACGCUUAUCUCCCAGACGUUUGGGAGCCAGAACAAGAAGCACGUGGGCGUCAUCCUGCAGCGGAGCGUGCUGGUGCUGCUGCUCUGCUGUCUGCCCUGCUGGGCACUCUUCCUCAACACCCAGCUCAUCCUGCUGCUCUGCAGGCAGGACCCGGCCGUGUCCAGGCUUACCCAGACCUACGUCAUGAUCUUCAUUCCAGCUCUUCCUGCGACCUUCCUUUACACGUUACAAGUGAAGUACCUGCUCAACCAGGGAAUCAUCCUGCCCCAGAUGGUGACCGGCGUGGCUGCCAACCUGGUCAACGCCCUCGCCAACUACCUGUUUCUCUAUCAGAUGCAUCUUGGGGUUAUGGGCUCGGCGCUGGCAAACACGGUCUCCCAGUUCACCCUGGCUCUCCUUCUCUUCCUGUACAUCCUCGCCAAGAGGCUGCACCAGGACACCUGGGGAGGCUGGUCCUGGGAGUGCCUGCAGGACUGGGGCCCCUUCUUCCGCCUGGCCGUCCCCAGCAUGCUGAUGCUGUGCAUCGAGUGGUGGGCCUACGAGAUCGGGAGCUUCCUGAGCGGUGUCCUCGGCAUGGUGGAGCUGGGAGCCCAGUCCAUCGCGUAUGAGCUGGCCGUCAUCGUGUACAUGGUCCCCACAGGCUUCAGCGUGGCUGCCAGUGUCCGGGUGGGGAAUGCACUGGGGGCCGGGGACAUCGAGCAGGCCAAGACAUCCUCCGCCGUCGCCCUGCUGAUCACAGGGCUCUUUGCUGUCAUCUUUUGUGUCCUGCUGUUAGGCUGCAAGGAUGUUGUGGGUUACGUUUUCACCAAGGACCGAGAGAUCAUCUCGCUGGUGGCCCGGGUGAUUCCGAUUUAUGCAGUUUCGCAUCUCUUCGAAGGGCUGGCUUGCACCUGUGGAGGCAUCCUGCGAGGCACUGGGAACCAGAAGGCGGGCGCCGUCAUCAACGCCAUUGGGUACUACAUGCUUGGUCUUCCCAUCGGGAUCUGUCUCAUGUUUGCUGCUGGACUUGGACUGCUGGGUCUGUGGUCAGGAAUCACCAUCUGUACCAUCUCUCAGGCUGUGUGUUUCCUUGGCUUCAUUGCCCGGCUAAACUGGAAAAAAGCCUGCCAGCAGGCUCAGGUACACGCCAAUCUGAAACGAAGUAUGGCCAGGAACAGGACGGCUACUUUCCCUCAGGACCCACUUUGCCCAGUGGGCCCUGAAAACCAUGGAGGAACGUUGAUAAGAGAUGUUGGACAGAAAGAGGAGACUCAGUCGGAUCAGCAGAUGCACCAAGAAGAGUGUCUUGAAAUCCAUCCCAGGGCUGCGUGGAGGUUGUCUGGGAGGCAGCUGGUGCUGCGGCGGGGGCUCCUGCUCCUAGCAGUCCUUGUCAUCUUACUGGUGGGGAUUUUAGUGAGAGUCUAUGUCAGAGUUCCAUGAUGUGGCAAGAGAGAGAGAAAGCCAGGCCAAGGGAUGCUUCUGAGCUUAAACGAACAGAAAUUCAUUGACCCAAAUGUUACUAAGCUGUGCUCAUGGAUGUCAAGAACUGAGAGUUCCAAGAGUUCCAAGAUAUAUUUCUGAUGAAGAAAACGAACAAAGGUAAAAAGUAUGUGCGAGUCCAAGACAACGUUUGGGAGAUUACAUCCACCAUCAUUUCCACCAAGGAUCACUGUUUACCGGCUGCAUCAUGUAGGGCUUUGAUGUUUCUUCUGCUUACUAUUUUUUUAGCCACAAACUCAUAUA